AUGAGUGAGGACAGGAAAUGCAGGCUCGUUCAAUAAAGACACAGAAGCACUGUUUAUUACCUGGAUUUAGGGCUUCAUCUCUGCAGACUACCAGCGUCCCAACGACUCGCCUCAUCAGGACUCUAGAACCCCUGAUCGGGUGCUAGGAAUCUUGAAUAAAGUGGGAAAUGGACUGCAGCAGUGAGGAGUUAAUCAGAAGGGAGUUUGAUCGGCUCAUCAUUGGAAUGCACUGGGAUGACUUUUUCUCCACAGUCUGGGACAUGAUGGCUGACUUGGGUUUCCCCGCUCCUCCUCCUCCCACCGCCUGGCAGGAAGUGAGCAUGCACCCUCGUCGGGCCAUACAACUGAAGUCUGGUUUUGAGGAGCACUACGCGUGCCCCCCGCAUCUUGGUCAACCCCCCGUUCACUUCAUCCCAUCUCCACCGUUCAGCCACACCCGGAAUAAUGACAGCCACUUUGUCCUGCAAGAGCAUGUGGAUUUGAGACCCGUUGGUUUGAUGCAAGUGGCAUACAAACACACGUCUUCAGGCUUCUAUCGCCGUCUAUUGUCUGACUGGUUCUGCUCCUCCAGCAGUGACGGGAACAUGGUGUAUGAGAUUCCCUCUCCACAGCCUCAGCAGCCACCGAUGUUAAAACCUGAACUGGAGCUCUCACAGGCUAAGAAGAGGAGGAGGAAGAGGAGGAGGAGCCACACAGACAGCAGCGACUCAGCGUUGACACACACGCACUCAGACACAGACGCUCCCGCGGUGAAGAAGAACGGACUGGUCGCCACCUUGCUGCCGCCUGAACGUCUGGAGGAGCAGGACCAGACCCUGAGUGAAGCCCUGAGCGUGGGGGAGGAGCUGCUGCUGAUGCUGGAGCAGAUGAAGCCCUUGAGCCCGCCCUGCAGCCCCUUCAGACCCAAGCACUUGGCUUAAGAAGGUUCGCUAGCUACACCGGCAAUUCCAGGAAAGGGAGCCGCACGUCAUCACUGGUGUCUCGAUAAUAUCGUUUAAUGGAGGACGCAGCACAGAAAAUGCAACCGUCUGCACUGAAAAAGUGGGUUCUCAUCAGCUAAAUCAUCUCAAACAUGACAAUGCAACUAAUAAAAAU